ACCAAAAAACAAAAAGGUGGGAAGAGGAACAGAGAGACAGGUCGGGACACGGUAGAAAGAGGAAGGGUGAAAUGGUGGUCCUCGAAAGUGACAAUGUUGAGUUUCAAUUUUUCUUCUGUUUACAAUGUUGAAUCUCAAGAACCGAUCGAAUUAUUUGAACUUGCAAAGGAAUUUCAAGAUGACAAUUAUCCUCAGAAAGUAAAUUUAAGUAUAGGAGUGUAUAGAACAGAAGAAGGAAAACAUUGGGUUCUUCCUGUUGUAAAAAGGACAGAAAAGAUAUUAGCAUCUGAGAAUGCUUUAAGUCAUGAAUAUUUAGGACAAACAGGAUUUUACAAUUUUACUCAAGCAUCUCUUCGAUUUCUGCUUGGAAAUGAUCACACAGUUAUUAGAGAGAAUAGGGUUUUAGGUAUUCAAACCGUAAGUGGAACCGGGGCCUUAAGGAUGGGUGCAGAGUUUCUGACAAAAUGUCUAAAUUACAGAACAUUUUACAUGUCAGAGCCUUCCUGGCCUAGCCAUCAUAUUGUUUUUCCUCUGGCUGGAUUUCAAGAUAUUAAAAGAUAUCGUUAUUGGGAUUCUGUUUCUAAAGGACUUGAUCUUAAAGGAAUGAAAGAAGAUUUACAAAAUGCUCCUGAAAAAUCCAUAAUUCUUUUGCACGUUUGUGGACACAAUCCAACAGGUGUUGAUUUAAAUCAAGAUCAAUGGAAAAUCAUUGCUGAUGUUAUGGAGGAAAAAAAUCAUUUUCCUUUUUUUGAUUGUGCUUAUCAAGGUUUUGUUUCUGGUGAUUGGGAAGUUGAUGGGUGGCCAGUUCGAUAUUUUGCUUCUCGUGGAUUUGAAUUAUUUUGUGCACAAUCAUUUUCAAAAAAUUUUGGUUUAUAUGGUGAACGAAUUGGAAAUCUUGCGAUUGUUUUUAAUAAUCCUUUGAAAAUGACGAAUGUAAAGUCUCAAUUUACUUAUUUAAUAAGAGGAAAUUAUUCUAAUCCACCCUCUUAUGGAGCAAAAAUUGUAGAAUAUAUCUUAAAUAAUGAAGAAUUAUUUAAUGAAUGGAAAUUAAAUAUAAAAACAAUGAGUAAUAGAAUUAAAGAAAUCAGAGUUUCAUUAUAUGAAAAGUUAAAACAACUGGAAACAGUUGGCAACUGGUCCUAUUUUAAGGAACAUACUGGCAUGUUUUCAUUGUCUGGAAUUACAGGUAAUUCCUUUCCUUCUUUUUUGAUUUUAAAAACUUUACAAUAAGAAAUUACUAAACAAUUACUAUAAUUCUUAAAAGGGUAAAAAUUAUUAUUAUUACUUAUGUUUUAUAGAAAAAUAAUUUUAUUUUUCACAAUUUGUAUUAAUACAUUUCUAUAAUGUUGAAAGAGAAAACAAUUAUUGAUAAUAUUUCAUAUUUAAAAGUUGAUUUGAUAUUUAAAUUAUAAGUCAUUCAUACUUUAAAUUUCUUUUCAGGUACAA